AUGGCAGUUUCCGGAAACCUUCCCGGCGAGAGCAAUGCCUUCAUGGUCCAAAUCCCAUGCAUCGUCUUCUUCGCGCUCACGCCCAUUUUCGUCGGAAUCCGACUCUUCUAUAUCGCCCAAAUCUUUUACAAGUUGACAAUCAAUCUCACCAAGGCCUCCAUCGUCCUUCUGUUCCUCCGAAUCUUCGUCCAGAGAUGGUUCUGCAUCACGUGCUACACUCUCCUCUCGAUCAUCAUCGCCUACAUGGUUGCCACGACUGCGUCGUCCAUCUUCCAGUGCACUCCAAUUCCUCGAGCCUGGGACAGGAGUAUUGCCGGGACUUGCAUCUCCCUUACGAUAAAUUGGAAUGCCAACGCCGGGUAUUCCAUCGCCACUGAUAUCAUCAUUAUACUUUUGCCGCAAUAUCCUAUUUGGAAGUCGAAACUGCCAGUUAAUCAGAAGAGGGCUCUGAUGGCCGUCUUUGCACUUGGUGGAUUCGUCACGGUAACGAGUAUCCUACGGUCAACGACUCUUAAUUUCUCAACCACAAGUCCUGACACGACGUAUGACAUCACCUCCACUUUAUGGACUAUGAUCGAGAUGCACGUCGCCAUCAUCUGCGCUUGUCUCCCCAUGUGCAAACUCCCCCUUACCUAUAUAUUCCCGAAAUUGUUCCCCACCAUCGGCGGCUCCUCGGCCCACGGCUCCAGCGGCGCCUCUCACCACCAGUACAGCAACACGACUCGGGAUGGCGGACGGAACGACUGGUCGGGCUACCCUUCCAGGAGGGAGCAGCUCCACAAGGCGGGAAUCAGCCUUGCUACCGUAUCGGCGAGGACGAAUAGCGGAGACGACACGAGCGAAGAGUACAUGCUUGACACGGUGGCUGGCAAGUCGGGCCACACACACGACCAUGAGGCGGGAGGCAUAUUUACGGGAGAGGAACCGACGCAUAGGAAUCAAAUUCGAAUGACCAAAGGCUACCAUAAUAUUGACGAGGCUAGGAGGGUGGAUGUCGUCGUUCAUGAGCUUGUCGAAGAGUUCCUCAUCAACCUGAUUGACGCCGUUGAUUACGUCCACACCACUUGGGUGGCCAUCGCAUAA